AGAAUAAGAUAAAACUGCUCGCGAUUGAGGAGGAAAUGACGUCAUUGAACUUAUCCCAACAAGCCCAGGAGAAGAAGACCAAGCAAAACUUCAGGACCAUCCAACAACAUUCUGCUCAGCAGUUUGAAUCAAUAAAUGCCACUCUGGAGGAAGAAGGGCGAAAGACCAAGCAAAACUUCAGGACCAUCCAACAACAUUCUGCUAAGCAGUUUGAAUCAAUAAAUGCCACUCUGCAGGAAGAAGGGCGAAAGACCAAGCAACACCUCAGGAACAUGCAGCUACAUUCUGCUCAACAGUUUGCUGCAAUCAAUGCCACUUUGACUGAGGAAGGACAGAAGACGCAGCAACAUUUCAAGUCAAUGAAGCAACAUUCUGUUGAGCAGCUUUCAACAAUCAGUGCUACUCUGCAGGAGGAAAGAAAGAAGUGCGGUAUUGUAUCCUGGAAGACAUUUACAAUGCAGACAUCGAGUAGCCAUCGAAACCCGUUCAGUGGAGUUCGGUUCAACAAGAGAAGACCUGACACUGUUAUCAGAGUGGUGUACACAACCUCUAUUGGAUUUUAUCAUCCGAACACUGCAAUGCAUUGUGUGAAGGUGUCAGUGCGUAUCAACGGCAGAGACUGUUCAGACCCAGCCCCGAUCAGAAGUGGAAGCUUUGGCUCAACAGCCCACUAUCAGGCACAUGCUGGUGUUGUGAGUGGUAUUUGUAAUAUCAACACUUCAGGUCCACUGUACUUCUCUACACACAUAGAGGCACAAUGCGGUACAUCCCAGUAUCACCUGGGUUACUACCCUGGUACAGGUACCAUCACAUCCACUCUGCAUAUCGAGGAACUUUGCAAUAAUCAACAGAACUAGGUAUUUGCAUCCCCAUCCCCUGACCCCUAUCUUAUCUCUCCAUUUUACCAUCUUUGUAUCAAUCUAGAAGUUUGUACCUGUGUUUGGUAGUCGCCCUGGUGCUGGAAACACGGCGUUAAAACACUCAACCUUUUUUUUAAGUGUACUGAAGAAGCCACUUUUACUGGCAGAUAUGAGCGCACAAGUACAGAAAAAGGUCUAUUACUUGUACUAGUACAGUAUACAGUGCUCUUGUCUCUUUUCUUUUUAACAUUCAACUUGUUUCCUGUUCCUUCUACAGCUUACCCAAUCGUUUGAACAUUCUUUGCAUCCAUUGAUCUAUCCAUCCCCACCGUUUAGGAGGCGCAUCUGACGCAUGAUCAUGGGGUGGUGGCGUCCCACGGAAGCCGAAAGGUAGUUCUUGACCCGGGAGUUGUACGACUCCUUGUUCUUGACCUGCCCGGUACGCGAACCCGUCGAUUUUUGUUGUUGUAUCCACCCACUCUAUCCUAUACAUUCUAACCAGCCUCCCCUUGCCAAGUUGUAUCUUUACUAAAACUUCUCCUGUGCAUUCUAUUAUCUUUCCCGUACCAACACCGACCAGCACGAGUACAUGUACUUGUAUGUCUAUGGUCGUCUACGUCUCAACAAUACCCGCAGUCUGUUUCAAAUGCAUCUACAUUGUAUAUGUCUGCUGCCAGUAUGAAAUACUGUGUUUCGUAAUGAAUACGAUGAACUCACUGCCUUUCUAUUUCGGCUAUCAUACAAUUGUUCUUUAGUCACUGCAGAAACGUGUUUAGUCCUUCACUGCCCCGCUUCAAAUACAUGUAGAUCUCUUCCAAAUUUGCACCCAUGCGGGCGUCAUCAGCUGUUUUACGUUUCU